UGGAGUUCUGGUAUAUAAGGCUUUUGUCCCCGGCAAGAGAGAAUCACUUGACGCCAAUGAUCAUAGUACUUGCACUGAAGAAGUGGGAGCUCUGAUAGGCAAACUUUCUGGAGCAUUUUUAAAGUGGCAAAUAUGAUGGAUACAGAUCUAGUCAUAAAUGGACCGAAGACGAACAGUGCGUUUUCCGUGAAGGACAUAUUGGAUUUACACGACUCGACCAAAGAUAGCUGCAGUCCUGGAGGAGGGGGCUCGGACGGCGAGAGUCUCCCCCCGGCCGCCCUUAAUGGUGUUGGGGAGAUGGUUCACGGGGCCCAGCACGGUGGUCUACCUCAUUACUUCGACCCAGAGAAUCCGUACACAAGGUGGCAUCAGACCUAUGAAUAUUCCAGCCUCGCCGCCAUGACCGCGCCCAGACCCCCAGAGCACAACAUGAUGCCGAAUUCUCCCGCUGAAAGCGUGUCUUCACAAACAUCAGACUGUUUAAUUGAGGAAGAAGAAUCAGACGAAAAAGACAUCAAAAAGGAUGGGGAAAAUAAUGAAAAUGACCCGAACUCUAAAGGCGACAUUCAGCAACCGUCAAAUUCUGACCCCCCUAAAAAGAGAAAACGGCGAGUGUUAUUUUCAAAAGCCCAGACUUAUGAACUAGAACGGCGUUUUAGGCAACAAAGGUACCUUUCCGCGCCGGAGCGGGAACAUUUAGCAUCAAUUAUUCGCCUGACGCCGACGCAAGUGAAAAUCUGGUUCCAAAACCAUCGCUACAAGCUGAAGAGACAGCGGCAGGAGAAAGGUAUGGCGGAUCUGAACCCGCUUCCAUCACCUCGACGGGUGGCUGUCCCCGUGUUGGUACGAGACGGCAAACCUUGUCAGCCUCCGUCCAUGAACCACAGUAGCUUGAUGAAAUCUCAAGAACUGUCCAUGCAGCCAAGUUUAAGUUGUAUGAACUCUGGCAUGUCCAGUAUGCCUCCCAUCUCCACCGUGGGCAGUAUGUCCUCCUCAUGUAUGGGCAGCAACUAUGGCGGCAUGAGCAUGAAUAUGAACGGGUACGGGACAGGCAUGGGUGCUAUCAGCUCGCCCAUGAGCAGUAUGAAUAUGAACAUGAACAUGAAUAUGAACAUGAAUAUGGGAAAUAUGAACGUUUUGCCUAGUUACAGUCACCCUGCUCUCAUGCAACCUCAGUCACGGUGGCCGGGUUGGUGAAAAAGAUCAAGAUCAUUUUAGAUAAACAUAGGUGAACACGAUUCUCAAUUUAUCGCAUCCAGAUAUUUUCAUUCAUCAAAUUAAAGUAUCAACAUAUUUUUUUAUUUAUUUGUUUCUUUAUACACAUAUCCUUUUAUUUAUUUAUUUUAAAGAGAAAAAAAGGAUACUUACUCCAUAAGAAGGCUAAUUAAUACGCCCAACGCUUUUCAACACGUAGGAGAAUUUUUAUCCGUCCCUCUUCUCGCGGCCUUUUGAUUUUAAUUUGCACGAUUCAAGGCAAUUUUUCGCUUCGAUAUCUCUCCUCUCAGUUUUGCGAGACAAUCUAAAUGUUGACAUCCGCAUCCAAGGAAACAGAAAGUAACCUUUAGAUGAAGAAAAAUGUAGAUGACAGCGCUUUCACGGAACACUCAUCUAGAUUAGGGUUUACACAUUUACUUUUAACGCCAGGGUAUUUGGGUACGUAUUGCCUUUUAACAAAACUUUAUAAAGUAAUUGUAGUCUUAUUAUCUUAUUUUAAAAGAUAUAUGUAUUGAAAAAGGAGGAUAUAUUUGUCAGUUGUGUGUGUAUAUUUAUGUGCAGAGUUGUUAAAAGAAUUGUAGAUUUGCUAAUAAGAUGGUCCAAAGUACAUGUACAUUUUUUGAAUAUUAUUUUGUGAUACUUAAAAUUAAAGCUUUCGCAAUAUUGCCAACUCAUAUGAUGUAUUUGGAUAUAUGCGCAGACCUGUUGUUGAAAGCUCUUCUAACAAAAGUCUGCCGUAGCAAUUACAUAAGAUAUUAUUUUUUUGAAGCAGAUCUGGCUAUUUCCUGGCAGUAAAUAUGCAGCUUACAUAGACACAAAUCAAUUAUGAAAAUGAAACCAUUCCAAUAUCGCUACAAUUUUUGAGAGGGCUGACGUAACUUUGUUUGAACCUUAAUCGUUGGACAUGGCAUAUCUUUAUUUGUCCAUGAUUGAACUUUAUUAAGCUCUCUUCAGAAAUCCCCAAGAUUUACGAGAGUGUUGCGUUCCAUAUAUCGGGAAUUUGAUAAGCAGUAAAUAACGGGAAGUGGUAAAACUGAGAUCAAAGCGAACCGAGGAGUUAUAAAAGCCUCAUAAACUGUCCGAUUCAGAUGCGGAUUGGCAAAGGUGCGCGCAGUAGUUUCCCGGCAAUGCGCUCAGCUAAAUUAAGGUUAACUUAAUGAUAUAUCAGAGGAAACAUUUGAUUGAGCAUUUCGUCUCGUAAAUUAUUUUACAUAAAAGUGAUGUUUUAACACAGAUAAUGUUAUUUUACUUUUUCUUCAAAUAAAUGUAUAUUUAUACCUCAGUCGGAAAAGAGCGUUUACGUUAUUUUAAUUAGCUAAUAGUUUUUUAUAAGAAUAGCACGUGGUAUAUUGAUCGAGGGAUAGUUACUCAUUAAUUACUGACAAUGCGAUUGGAGGGUAAUGUGAGAUUACUGAACCUAGCAGCGACAGCUUACCGGCUUUGAUGACAGCGCUGUUGAUCCCUCGUAAAAAGCAGACUUUUUUUGCAGGCAGAGCCUGUUGUGUCUAAAGGUCUGAUUGCUGUUACUUUUAUCACAUUAUUUAUCAUCAUUUUUGUGCUAGUCCAUAGUGUGUAUUUCACAAGUAGCAUUCGCUGAACAGAAUAAACUUUUU